CUGCAGCAGCGGACACGGCUGCGUCCUCUCUGUGUCUCUGUGUCUCAGUGUCUCAGUUUGACGCUUCACAUCAACUCCAGAGCUGCUCAACAUCUCAGCACACCUUCAUCUGACACUUCAGAGCCGGACAGACAGCUCGAGGACAUCAUGGGCAACGUGCAGCCCACCAUCGUCCCGUGUGAGGACUUCGAUGUCACAGCUGAUAUUAAAGCCAUCAGGAAAGCAUGUAAAGGUUUAGGCACAGAUGAGGAGGCCAUUAUUCAGAUCCUGGCCAAUCGCUCUGCAGCUCAGCGCGUGGAGAUCAAACAGGCCUACUUUGAGAAGUACGAUGACGAGUUGGAGGAGGUCCUGAAGAAGGAGCUGACGGGUAGUUUUGAAAAUGCCGUGAUGGCCAUGUUGGAGCCUCCUAACGUUUUCUUCGCCAAGGAGCUGAGGAAGGCCAUGAAGGGGGCGGGAACGGACGAGGCCGUGCUGGUCGAGAUCCUGUGCACCGCCACCAAUGAGGACAUCAUAAGCUACAAGAAGACUUAUGCCCAGGUGCACGAGCGUGAUUUGGAGGCGGACGUUGAGGACGACACCAGCGGAGACGUGAGGAACCUGCUGAUGUCUCUGCUGCAGGCGGGCAGAGACGAGGGCUAUGAAGUGGACGAGGCUUUAGCCGAACAGGACGCAGCGUCCCUGUUUGAGGCAGGAGAGGGCAGGUUUGGCACCGAUGAGUCCACCUUCACCUUCAUCCUGACGCACAGGAACUACCUGCAGCUUCAGGCCACCUUUAAGGCCUACGAGUCGCUUUCAGGGACAGACAUUUUGGACACCAUUGACUCUGAAGCAACAGGAACUCUCAAGGACUGCUACGUUACUCUGGUCAGGUGUGCCAAGAACCCGCAGCUGUAUUUUGCCCGACGCCUUAAUGCCGCCAUGAAGGGACUGGGCACUGAUGAGGACACGCUCAUUCGCAUCAUCGUAAGCCGCUCUGAGAUCGACCUGGACACGGUGAAGGACAUGUACCUGGAGAAAUACGACGUCACCCUGAAAGACGCUCUGGAUUCCGAGUGUGGAGGCGACUUCAAACGCCUCCUCAUCGAGAUCCUGCACUAAAACUUCCCGCCUCCUUCCUGCAGGCCUCAUUUAACCAACGUGACACAGUCUCUCUACCCACUCAUCCUCCCUUCUCCUUUUUUAUUCUCCUUUUAAGUUUCACUCGUUCAUUCUGUGGAUGUUUGUUUUUUUCAGUUUUCAUUGCAGCACGGACCAAAAACCAAAUCUUUAUUAUAUUAUACGGUGUUUUACACAUGAUAAACUACUUGGGCUUUAAAUACAGUUUUGCCAAAAAAAUUACACUCAGUGGAAAUACAUUUUAGGUACAUUGACUGUUUAUUAUCCUUUUGACAAUAUUAUAACAGCAUUUUUAAUCUUAUAUGGAGCUUGUGCAGCUGAGCAUCAUGUUAACGUGUUUAUCCAAAGAAAUAGAUCCAGUUCUUUAUUCACAAUCAGCAGCUCUACAAUCUUAUUGUAUUUCAGUUCACUAUUUUAUUCUCAGAUGCUGCUGCUUAACAUCAAUGAUAUAUAUAUAUGUAUGUACAUAUAUAUAUAUAUAUAUGUCACCUGGCUCAUUUAUCUCACAAUCAUCCAUAAACUUCGCCACUGUUUGCCUCAAAGAUGCCUUUGAUAGCGACACUUAAGUGCCGAAUUAUCACGUUUGAUCUCUGAUAUCUGAAUAGUAUUAAUUAUACAUGAAUUUGAUAUUGAAAACCUGAACACUUUAAGUAUGCAAUAUUGGGUUUUUGUAGUCACGUCCCCGAAAUGCUACGUGGGAUUUUUAACUCGGACUAUUUUUAGUGUUUUGUCACAGCUAACAUGCUGCCUCUCACCGGGCCCGGCGCCAGGACGGGACCUAAGGGGGCUUAUAGUCGCCCCCCUCUGUGUAAGUUCUGUGCAUAUUUAGAAAAAUAUCAAAAAUGACAAAAUUAUUGACCGAGAUACACGUGACCCCCUCAGCUGUAGGUGCAGCGUUUUACAUAGUUCUGCAAAGGAAUGAUUUCCAAACGUUUUCCACAAGGGACCGCGAGUUUAUCAUUGAGUGAAAUGGCAUAUUUAAUGAAUGUUUUAUUAAAUUCAAUGCACAACAACAACACCAGCACAGAGCAGCUGACAGACAGAAAAAUUAUCCCAAAUAGUUUGCAUUCAAGCUUUUUCUAUGAAUUUUGAGCAGAUCAUUUCAUGCAUAUUUUGCAUCUGAGAUGAGUUUUCCCAAUAUUUUUAGCAACUUUUUACGUACCAUUUUUCUGUCUGCAUUGUGUAUUGUUUUAUACUUUUAACCCUUUGAAACCUGGAUUGACGUCAGUUUUCUUGCGCUGCAUUGAGAUGCCUUUCACA